CUGGUCGAAUAAUUAAUUUGUCUCGGUCGUCCACCACACCCACGGCUCCGUACCAUCCGUCGCCGCCGGUGCGCGCUCACCAGACGCCAGCCACCGCGAUGGCCGCCUCCGCCACGGCCGCGAGGCCUCUCGCCGGGGCCUCCGUCCGUCUCCCCCUCUCCGCGCGGCGGCAGCCCGUUAGGGUCGCCUUGCUCCCGCGGGCUCCUCCUGCUCUUCAGAGCCUCAGCCUCGGCCGUCCCGCGCAGGCGCAGCCCUCUGCGCGCGGCCGGUCGGUGCGGUGCCUGGCGGCGCUGAACCCGGAGAUGCGGGCGACGCUGGACAAGGUGGUGGGGUCGAACAAGGUGGUGCUGUUCAUGAAGGGGACCAAGGACUUCCCGCAGUGCGGAUUCUCCCACACCGUGGUGCAGAUCCUGCGCUCGCUCGACGUGCCCUUCGAGACGCUCGACGUGCUCGCCAACGAGGCGCUCCGCCAGGGGCUCAAGGAGUACUCCAGCUGGCCCACCUUCCCGCAGCUCUACAUCGACGGCGAGUUCUUCGGCGGAUGCGACAUCACCGUUGAGGCAUACAAGAGUGGAGAACUGCAGGAAACUCUAGAGAAAGCGAUAUGUUCUUAGAGACCAUUGAACCAGGCAUGAUAAAAGAACUGGAGAUAAAUGUAGUAAUAUUUGCUGUACAAUUCAGGCAUGAUAAAAAGAACUGGAGAUGCUAAGCUGUAGACAAUUCAUUCCAAAUGCUCAGUGCACUUUUAUCGGAAUAGGAUAAGAUUGUCUGCAAUUUGUGAUUUUAAUAAUCGUGCAAAUUUCCAAUGUCA